AUGACUGAACAUGAUCUGUCAGACUCAUCUGAUCUAGAGAAUUUAGGCUUUGAACUGGUAGAGAAUGAGGGUAGAAAUGCAAAUGGGUUUGAUUCCCGGAGAACUGAUCAAACCUUCCUGGUACAGCAAACCAAAACAAAACCAUGCACAGACAACAUACAGGAGGAACUUGUUCACAUGGUUAUAAUCGUUUCCAACACCCUGAAUGAGGAGAAAGCGCUUGAUUCUCAAGGUAAAGCUGACUCAUCACAGGGGAGCAGGAUGGAACAAGAAAAAGAGUUGGACCAUAAAGUAAACAUCCUGAAGAAGAGUGUGCAGGUAAUAGAACAGGACAUUCAGGUUUUGGAAGAUCUGCAACACAAGUAUGACUUAAAGAGAAAGUCUUCAGAAGGUCAAGUCAAGGCUGAAACAAUGGGUCAUACAACAAAAGAGAGCCAACAGGAGGAAAUGGCCACUGAACAAAUGUUUACUGACCUAAACAUAAAAAGAGAGAUGGUGAAGAAAGAAAUUGCUAAUGCACUGAUUCUAGUGGAGCAGAUUCAGCUCACACUCAUAUCAGAAGAGUUACCUGAGUGGAAGAAGAGACAGCAGAUGGCUUGUAUUGGAGGUCCACACAACACUUGUCUGGAGCAGCUGCAAAGCUGGUUCACGGUGGUGGCUGAGUGUCUGCAGCAGAUGCAUCAGCAGCUGAAAAAAGUUCAGGAAUUGGUGCAGAAACUCACUUACAAAAAUGACCCCCUCGCUCUCCAGCUGGAUGAGCAGGCCCUUUCGCUCUACAAAAACCUUAUAUCAAAUUCUCUUGUGGUGGAGAGACAGCCUUAUAUGCUGUGGCAUCCCCGGAGACCGUUGGUGUUAAAAAAUAUAGUUCAGUUCACAGUUAAGAUCAGACUACUAGUCAAACUCCCUGAACUGAACUCUCAACCCAAAGUCAAAAUCUCUAUUGACAAAGGUUUUUCUGAGAUGGAUACAGUGAAAGGUGGCUUGUUGUUUGAUGUCCUAGAUUUCGGGAAUUUCAUUCUCCUCGGUCUUGGAAUCAAAGUUAUGACUUUGGAUGAAUCUAGUGGAUGCUUAGCAGCUGAGUUCCGUCAUGUGGUCAUAAAGGAGAAGAGACCUAGCAACAGAAGUAAAGAGUUGUCUAUCACGGUGUACGAGGAGCUGCACUUAAUCAGCUUUGACAUGCAGCUCAUUCUGCCUGAACUAUGCAUUGAUUUAUCGAUCACAUGUCUUCCUGUGGUGUUGAUCAAUCCUAUAUGUCGUCUAUCUAGCGCUUUGGGCUCCAUCUUAUGGUACAACAUGUGCUGCAGUGAACCCCACAAUCUAUUGUUCUUCUUAAAUCCACCACUAGUGAAAUGGGGGCAGCUUUCAGAGGUCUUAAGCUGGCAGUUUUCUUCUAUGACUAAACGAGCGCUGAACUCUGAGCAGCUGAGAACGCUGACUGACAAAAUUCUUGGUCCUGAAGCCCAAGGUGACCCUGAAGCACUCAUCUCCUGGAAUACAUUUUAUAAAGCAUCUACUGAAUCUGGUGAUUCACUCUGGCAGUGGAUAUAUGAACAUUUGGAACUUACUCAAAAAUUUGUGCUCAACAUCUGGAAUGAUGGGUAUGUUAUAGGGUUUUUGAGUAGAGAGAGAGAGGCGGCUUUGUUGAGAGACAAACUCCCCGGUACUUUCCUUCUGCGCUUCAGUGAAAACUCUCGAUGUGGAGGAAUCAUCAUCACAUGGGUGGAGCGUUCACAGGAUGGUGAACCUGUGAUACAUUCAACAAAGCCUUACACUAGAACAGAUCUGAACAGAAUGUCUUUACCAAACAUCAUCCGUGACUAUACCAUCAGUGAUGGAGAGAAGGAUCCAGUGAAUCCCCUCAUCUACCUUUACCCAGACAUCCCAAGAGACGUUGCCUUCGGUCGCUACUAUACCAGCGCAUCUGAUGGAGAGAUGAAUAAAGACAGACUUUUGGUUUGAAAAUCCAAGAUGGUACAAAAGUAUUGCAUGUGGUCUGUCAGACUCAUCCGACAUAAAGGAUUUAAUUAUCGAACUGGCAGAGCAUGAGGGUGGAAAUGCAAAGAUCAUGGG